GAAGCGCUGGCCGAAGUAGCAGCGUGGAUAGACGAUCGCCUAGAGCUAUUUCGUGUUCUGGUGAGCGGGGAAAACUGGCAGGACGUAUGCCAGAUCAAGACCCAGUUUAGUGCCUCACAUGAAUCGUUCGUUCGGGUUCAUCAACUUAUUCUCCGUCAAGAUGUUCUCAUGGCGGUC